GCCCUGGCAACCCAUAUACAGCAGCAGGCAGCUGCUGAGGAGCGAGUUCUCUAUGCGUUUGACGAUUCAAAAGUUUUAUCACUUAAAGUUGUUGUGCUGUUUUUGACAGGACUAAAUACCGACACUGUUGGACUGUUUUCACAAUGCCACCGCCUAACAAUAACGUUGCAACACUUGGGAGAAAGGGCUCGGUUGUUCAGAAGGCGCCUGGUGCGAAGCCAACCAAAGCUGCGAAUAAGAAAAAGGAUGAGGAAGAGGGUGUGGAUGUUGGAGAUGGAUGGGAUGACUGGACUCAUGGGAAAGCACUUAUUAAGCCUCAAGAUCAACUGGAGCUUACUGAAGCUGAGCUGAAAGAGGAAAUCACCAGGAUCCUGACUGCAAACAACCCACAUGCCCCCCAAAAUAUUGUGCGCUAUAGCUUCAAGGAACGUUCCUUCAAGUCUACAAGUGUUGUGGAUCAGAUGGCUGUUCACUUCGUGUUGGAGGGCAGCCUCCUGCAUCAAGACUCUGAUGAAGCUCGUAGACUGAGGGCCAAGGAGGGUCUCUCUGAGGAGACUGCAACAGUCGACACUGGAACAGAGCCUGAUGAGGAGAAACCAGAAACCCCGGCAACACCUGUAGAGGAUGGAGGGGAGGUGGAGGAAGCUGGAGAAGAGGAUAGACCAGACAGUGCUGCCUCCAAAACUGACAAGAAGGAGCCAAAAAUUACUAACCAGUUCAACUUCAGUGAGAGGGCCUCCCAGACUCUCAAUAACCCACUAAGGGAGAGAAGCUGCCAGACUGAACCUCCCCCACGCAACAUCUUCUCUGCCACCGCUAGUCAGUGGGAGAUAUAUGACGCGUACGUGGAGGAGCUGCAGAAGCAAGAAAAGAAUAAAGAGAAGCAGAAAGCGGCACCAUCAAAGAAAGAUAGUGACAAAAGCAAGAAGAAGACGAUGCUGACGGAGGCUCAGAUGGAUGACAUGAGCAAAAUGGGCAAGUUGUCGAAGAAGUCAACUAUCCUAGAACGAAUGGUCAAUCAGAAUACAUUUGAUGAUGUAGCACAAGAUUUCAAAUACUUUGAGGAUGCGUCUGAUGAGUUCAGGGACAAGGAGGGCACCCUUCUCCCUUUGUGGAAGUUCCAUUAUGACAAAGCCAAAAGACUGUCUGUCACUGCCCUCUGCUGGAAUAAGAAAUAUCAGGACCUAUUUGCUGUUGGAAUGGGAUCCUACGACUUCAGUAAACAGGGGCGUGGCAUGCUUGUCUUCUACUCACUGAAGAAGUCUGCCUUCCCAGAGUACAUCUACCCCACCACCUCUGGCGUCUUGUGCCUUGACAUACAUGAGCAGCAUUCCUAUCUGGUAGUGGUCGGCUUCUAUGAUGGCUGUGUGGCUGUCUACAACUUGCAGGAGGAGGGACUGGAGCCUGUGUAUAAGAGCACAGCCAAGACUGGCAAGCACACUGACCCCGUCUGGCAGGUGUGCUGGCAGAAUGAUGACUUGGACAGUAACCACAAUUUCUAUUCUGUGUCAUCUGAUGGCCGAGUUGUGUCCUGGACACUUGUCAAGAAUGAGCUGGUCUUUACAGACAUUAUCAGACUGUCAGUGAAUGGUGCUGUCUCUGAGGGGCCAGAGGAUGCACAGCAGCCCUGCAUUGCCAGUGGAACAUCAUUUGACUUCCAUAAACAGAUCGACUAUCUCUUCUUAGUUGGCACAGAGGAGGGGAAAAUACACAAGUGCUCCAAGACUUACUCAAGCCAGUUUCUGGAGACCUAUAUUGCCCACAGCAUGGCAGUGGAUGCUGUUAAGUGGAACCACUUCCACCCGAAGGUCUUCAUCUCUUGCAGUUCGGACUGGACCGUCAAGAUCUGGGAUCAUACCAUCAACACUCCAAUGUUCACCUUUGACCUGAAUGCAGCUGUUGGUGACGUUGCCUGGUCUCCAUACUCCUCCACUGUAUUUGCAGCUGUCACAACAGAUGGAACAGUUCACGUUUUUGACCUCGACAUCAACAAAUAUGAGGCCAUCUGCCAGCAGCUAGCGGUGGGCAAAAAGAAGACCAAGCUGACUCACAUUGAGUUUAAUCCCAUCCACCCGAUCAUCAUAGUGGGGGAUGACCGAGGAUAUGUCACCAGCCUCAAGCUCUCCCCUAACCUCCGCAAGAAACCUAAGGCCAAGAAGGGACAGGAGCUGCCCAAGGGUCCAGAGGUGGAAGUAGCCAAGAUGGAGAGGCUCCUCAGCCUGCUGAGGGAACCCGAGCAAAGCACAGUUUAGGGCGGCCACUGUGGCUUCUCUCCCCAACGCAACAACAUGAGAAGAACCCACCCAGUGCUCUGAUGCUCAGCUGGACUCAGACGCUGCCUCGGUGUCCCGGGCUCGCUGCCUUUCUCUCUCUUCUCAUCUUCCUGCGAAAAAACACAUGCAGCGGUCUCUCCCUUAAGUGUGAUUCAUUGCUUCAUCUCCACGAGGUUUAGCGAGAGAGGGCCGCUCCAUCACCUCAUUUUUACAGACAAUGCGUAACAAAUGAUUGUGGCUGUGGGGCGGUAAUGAGAAUGCAGCUGCGACAGUUAGUUCAUUAUUGCGGUAAUGGGGAGCAUACUGCAGGGUUGGUCAAAUAACUGUUUGUUCUGCUGUUUCUCACUUUUGUUUGUGUUGUAUUUUCAUAGAUUGCUGUUGCAGCAUUUAUGAGUUCAGGGUUUGGUGGCCGGUUAGGGGCAUGGCAAAGGACACGACUGUAAUAUUGUAAAAUUAAACCCUUGUAUACAAUAACUUUUAUGUUUUGUCAAUAUGUGAGUUCCAGGAGCCAGGUGUUUAUGUGUCUUUUUCUAUUGUUUUCCCUUGUUCAUUGAUCCUGGCAGUCAAUUCCAACAGUUUGUCUUAACGUUGUCAAAUGUUGUCAUAUGAUAGUUUCUCUAGAGCCAAUCAAUCUUGUUCCAUAGAAUAUAUUUGUGAUUGCAACACUUUUUUUGAAUUAUUCUGAUUAUUCUGAAGUUUGUGUCCCUAGAAAAAUUAGCCGAUCGAGAUGUAAACUGGUGCUGUGUAGGGAAACAUUUUUGGUCCAAUACUGCAAAACUUACAUUUACUGUUAUCAGCUGAUGAUGAAAUUACAGCUGCUUUCACUGCCUUAGCAAGCACAGCAUCUGCACACUCUGAAACAGUCGGUGGCAAUAUGCAUCUUUUAUGGUUGUUUUGCAAUUCUGACAAUAAACAUGGAAGGAAGGAGGAGAGCGCA